GUGGUGAACGUGCGAGACGUGGUGAGGAAGGUGGAGGAGGGAGCGAUAGACGCGUCGCACGUGAUCAGCAUGAAGACCCUCAAGGAUGCGGGGCUGGGCGGCAAGGCGAUGCGGGAUGGAGUGAAGCUGCUGGGCCGGGGGGCGCACCUCCUCUCCCUGCCGCUGCACCUCCAGGUGAGCCGCGCGUCAGAGUCGGUGCGCAAGGCAGUGGAGGCGGCAGGGGGGCGGGUGACACGAGUGCACUACAACGCGCUGGGCCUGCGAGCGCUGCUCAAGCCGCACUGGUUUGCCAAGAAGGGCCGCCUGCUGCCGCGCCCCGCACGCCCGCCUCCGCGCAUUCUGCAGCUCGGCCUCGUCGAUGCCGUCGGCACGCUGCCUGCUCCCACACACCCCGUAACGUGA